AAAAUCCAUUUCUUCUAUGGAUUUGGAUUGUGUUAUUGUAUGAAAAAGUGUCAAAAUAAGCUAAUAGAUUUGAUAUUGUGUACUUCAAUUGGUGAACUUAUUUGUAUAGUUGUUUAAACGGUGUUUGUAAAUGUUUUUACUUUCAAUUGCAGUUUUGACAGGCUCAAGAAACUGAUUUUGCAAAAUGUAUAAACAAGACAAUAUGAGGAUGCCUCCUCCCCAUGGCCCACCUUUUCCUCCAUCGCCUCAAAGACAACCACCGACACAAUUUCGACAAGGUCCACCACAACCACCUCCAGAUCAUGUAAUGAUGCCUCCACCACCUCAUGGUCAUCCUAGAAUGCAAUUACAACCACCACAGUCUCAUGGAUCACCACAAAGACCUAUGAUGCCUCCUAAUCAAUCUGUUCCUGUUGCUGCUGGUGGUGUAGUUGUCCCUGGUUCUGUUGUUGGUCCUGGUGGACCACCUCCAGUUGGAUCAGUUGCCAUGAAGCGUCCUAUUAUGUCUACAAUGAUGUCUUCACCGGUAUCUAAUCAAGUAACAACAGCAUUAAAAAAGAAAAAGAAACUUGGUGAUGUUAAUUUACAAUCAAAGGUUAGAGAUUUAGUUCCAGAAUCUCAAGCUUAUAUGGAUUUAAUAUCUUUUGAGAAGAAACUUGAUUUUCAUUUGAAAAGAAAAAGAUUGGAAAUAAUUGAAUCAUCUAAAAAACCAAUGAAACUUAAACGAAAAUUACGAAUAUUUAUUUCAAAUACAUUUUUUCCUGCUAAACACGAGAUUGAUGGUAAUGAAGAUUUACAUGUACCUUCAUGGGAAUUAAGAGUUGAAGGAAGAUUAUUGGAAGAUCAAAAUACUCCAAAACCAGACCAAAAUAAGAUAAAAAGAAAAUUUUCAUCAUUUUUCAAAAGUUUGGUCAUUGAAUUGGAUAAAGAUUUAUAUGGUCCAGAUAAUCAUUUAGUUGAAUGGCAUAGAACACCUACAACAACUGAAACAGAUGGUUUUCAAGUAAAAAGACCUGGUAAUAAGAAUGUUCGAUGUACCAUAUUAUUACUUCUUGAUUAUCAACCCUUACAAUUUAGAUUGGAUCCAAGGUUAGCACGAUUAUUGGGUAUACAUACACAAACUCGACCAGUUAUAAUUAAUGCUCUUUGGCAGUAUAUUAAAACACAUAAAUUACAAGAUGCACAUGAAAGAGAAUUUAUUAAUUGUGACAAAUAUCUUGAGCAAAUAUUUCAAUGUCCAAGAAUGAAAUUUGCUGAAAUACCAUCAAGAUUACAUCCACUUCUUCAUCCACCAGAUCCAAUUGUUAUUAAUCAUUUGAUUAGUGUUGAAGGUCCUGAAACAAAGAAAACAUCAUGUUAUGAUAUCGAUGUUGAAGUUGAUGAUCCUUUAAAAGUUCAAAUGAAUAAUUUUAUUGUUUCAACACAUAAUCAACAAGAUAUAUUAACUUUGGAUAACAAAAUACAUGAAACAGUUGAAACUAUCAAUCAAUUGAAAACAAAUAGAGAAUUUUUCUUAUCAUUUGCUAAAGAUCCACAACAAUUUAUUCAUAAAUGGCUACUUUCACAAAUGCGUGAUCUCAAGACAAUGACCGAUCAAGCUGGUAAUCCUGAAGAAGAACGACAUUCAGACUUUUUCUUUCAACCUUGGACUCAAGAAGCUGUUUGUCGUUACUUUUAUGGUAAAGUUCAACUUAGGCGAGCUGAACUUGAACAAGCUUUGGGUAUAAGAAAUGCUUAAUAUUAUAAUAACCAAGUCAUAUUCAUUACAAAAAUUGUUUUUUUUAAUUUAUAACAUUGGAUAAAUUAGUGUUUACAUACAUAUUCAUUAACAAAAUAAAUUCAAUUGCAUUUCGCAAGUCUUAAAUAUCA